GAUGAACUCACCUCGCAGGGGAAGACGUGCAGCCAUACAGUCACACCGCAGCAAGCAUCCGCGUCCGAUGUGCCGAAGGUCUUCCUGCAAAUUAGUACGUCGUUAAUGAAGUUUGAGAAAUAUUCGAAUAAUUCAGAUAAUUAAAGCAGGGGAUCCACGGCCAUCAAUAGCACAAGCGUGUAAUUGCCGUGAGAUUGAGGAGCAGGGAAAGUUAAAAGCUGAAGCAGCGGAGCGUCGUUUCAGCACCUCGGACAGAGCGCGGCGGAUCAUGGCUCCUGUGUUGCCGGAGGAAGCGCACUUUGCUGAGGUACCAGUCACAGUUGGCCUUGUCAGCAUCUUAGGCCUGGUCUUCAGUGUCUCCCUUUUUUCAUGGAUCUGCUGUCAGCGCAAGUCAGCCAAGGCCAACAAAACACCCCCUUACAAAUUUGUGCACAUGCUAAAGGGUGUAGACAUUUAUCCAGAAAGCCUUAGUGGCAAAAAGAAGUUUGGGGCGACUGAGAAGACAGACACAAGCACUAAACAAGGAUCAGGUCUUGCCACAGGCAGGGCCUCGCUCCACCUGGACCUGGAGAAGCGAGAUCUCAACGGAAACUUCACUAAGCCUCCCAACACCAAGGUUCGGAGUUCUCCAGAUCUGGAGCUAUCAUCGCCCCACCCAGGCUCAAAUCAUGGAGGAAAGGAUUUAAGUUCCCCCAAAAGUGGUCUCUCUAGUCACGCCAUGACUCCAGCUGACAAGGGCCAUGACAAGGAGGGCGGUCUCGGUACCCUUUUCUUCUCCCUUGAGUACAACUUUGAGAAGAAGGCCUUCAUCGUGCACAUCAAAGAGGCUCAUGGGCUCUCUGCGAUGGAUGAGCAGUCCCUGACCUCUGACCCGUACAUCAAGCUGACCCUCCUGCCAGAGAAGAAGCACAAAGUGAAGACCCGCGUCCUGAGAAAGACGCUGGACCCGGCCUUCGACGAGACCUUCAGCUUCUAUGGCAUCCCCUAUGGCCGCAUCCCUGAGCUCUCCCUUCACUUCAUGGUGCUCAGCUUCGACCGCUUUUCUCGCGAUGAGGUCAUCGGGGAGACGCUGGUACCAUUAGCUGGCAUUGACCUUUCUGAGGGGCGCAUCCUCAUGAACCGGGAGAUCAUCAAGCGUAACACUAGGAGGAACGCGGGAAGAGCGGAGCUCUUGGUGUCUCUCUGCUAUCAGUCCACCACCAGCACUCUCACAGUGGUGGUUCUGAAAGCCCGCCACUUGCCCAAAGCUGAGACCAACAUUCCCUCAGAUCCUUACGUGAAGGUCAACCUGUAUCAUGGCAAAAAGAGGGUGUGCAAGAAGAAGUCCCAUGUAAAGAAGUCCUCCCCAAACCCUGUCUUCAACGAGCUGUUCGUGUUCGACAUUCCAUCAGAGAAGGGCCUGCAGGACACCAGCGUGGAGCUCCUGCUGCAGGACUCGGAGGGGAAUGGCCAGAACCCUGUCAUUGGACGGCUCCUGCUAGGCACGACCUCUCCAGGGACCCCAGGCGAACACUGGCGUGAGAUCUGCGACCACCCCCGCAGACAGAUCGCCAAGUGGCACGCGCUGGUCGAAGACUAGCUCCACCCCUGGCGACAGUCGCCAAAGGAACUGUCAUUGUAAAUGGGGGUGGGUGGGGAGUAAAUGGGGAGGGAUUCAUUCCAAAUGAUGUCACCAGUCAGUAAGUUGAUCAAGUUAAUGGGCUUGGCCUCCACAAAGGGGGAGAGAGGCCAAGAAUCCCAACUAUUAAAAAUUCCAAAGAAAACCACUGAAUUCCCAGUAAUGCUACUUUCCAUAUUAAACAGUCUCAGUCUUGUUGAGUGCAACAGAGUAUCAUUACUGUCUCUAUCACUGCUAUUCUUCUAUUCCUGUCUUAGUACUAUUGUUACUAUUAUUCAAUCGUGAAAUGCUCUCUACAGUAAACAAAAAAGAUCGAACACUGUUAAUAUGACAUUGUAAAAAAACGUGGAUUCUUUUUAUUUUUUAAAGACGCAAUGUUUUACUUAAUGAAUACUUCGUUUAUUUUUUUCUUUUUGUACUUCUACAAUUGUUCUUGUUUCUCUUGAGUAUGUUUUGUAAGUAAAAGUGGUAUUUCAUAUCUCAUCGCAUUAGAUUGAGAGCAGCCUAAAUUAGGCAAAACCUGUAACCAGGCAAGUUGUAUUAUAGUAUGACGGGUGGCGGCAAAGUCACUGCAGGGUGGGAGGUGUGAGGUGUGUGUGUAUCCUGUCCAGGGGGGUGUGAGAGACAGGCACAAUCUCUGUCCUCUACUGUGAGCACAAGGACAGUCUAGUUACAUGUACUUUAAUAUAAACAUGUCAAGGUCUGAGAAAAAAAUGGAGUAGUAUUGUGUGUAUUUUAUUGUUUUAAUUACUAUGUAUGUAAGUGUGUGCAUGUUUUCCCCACUACUCUGGGUUCCUCCUGCAGUGGAAAGACACAAAGUUAGGUUAACUGGUGUCUCUGAAUUGCCUGUAGUGUAUGAUUGUCUGUGUAAGAGUAUGUGUGUAUGUUCUCAGAGAUAUGAACCAAUAUUUCAUGUAGGGGUACCCGCCCCCACCUUAUGCGUCGUGCUGCCUAGUGGAGCCUCCAGGCCCCUCCCUGACCUCUGAAUAAGUAGCUAGAAAGCAGAUUGAGGGAUGAAUGCUUGUGAACAGCAGCAACAUGAUUAUAUCUGAAAGUAUUAUUAUUUUGUUUAGCCGGGAAAUCAGUACCUCAUAUAAGAAAUACAUGCCAUUCUAUUUUCCUGAAGGUAAAAACAGUGUUUAUUUUUCUAUUAGACCACUGAAAGGAAGACCUUUAGUGAUCAGACUCUUAUACUCACUGCUUUCAGGGCAUAUAACUGCAUGCUGCUAAGCUGCAGGCGGUGGGAAAACUCAUCAUACAUCGUUUCACAUCACUGUGAUCUUUUGGAGAAGUUCCCCGCGUCUGAGAUCAUUUUGAGGAGUUUGUCUUGUCCUACAUAAAGUGCUUUCCCAGUGAAGAUCAGGAACCUGGUUUGGAGUUCCUGGGCUCUCUCAACCGGGAACUUUUGUAGUUCCUGCUCAUUUUGGAGUGUCAUUUUUCACUGCGCAACAGUAACUGUGACCUUUAUGCUAAAUAAGCACUAAAAGUUCAUAAGUUAAACUUCAUAUGUAACUUUAUCCACAAUGAGACUACACGGGCAC